AUGAUCUAUAGGUUUGACAUACCCAAAGUAAUGUUGUCUGAUAGUAGAACUCCUUUUGUAAAUCGCCACGUUACAAGACUGCUGGAUGCGUACCAGAUCAAGCACCACAAGUCUAGUCCAUACUACCCCCAACGAAACGGACAAGCUGAGGCAACCAACAAAACCCUUAUCCGAAUACUGAGUAAAAUGAUGGAUAAAGGAAGGGGCACAUGGUCUGAACAACUCCCCCUGGCACUUUGGGCGUAUAGAACGUCAAAAAGAAAGCCAACUCAGGCAACCCCAUUUUCCCUAGUAUAUGGGUCCGAAGCUGUGUUACCAGUUAAGUUGGCAAUACCCUCAGCAAGGAUGGCUAUGUCAGCACACCUUCUAGAUAGCAGGAAAAAUGACACAGAGGCAGCUAAAGAAAGAAGAGAUCGGGCCUCGCGAGCAAUGGAAAAGUAUCAUCAAUCCAUAGCUCGUGCCUACAAUCAAUCUGUUCAACACAAGAAGUUCAAUAAUGGAGACCUAGUAUGA